AUGUCCCUCUACUUCGAUGCAGCCGCAAUCCUAACCGCCCCCUCAGCAGGAGGCUCCUUCAAAUCUCGCAUCUACAGCGCCCGCAAUCUCCGUGCCUCACCCGCGCAAAUCUAUGCCCUGAUCACCGAGGCUUCUAAAUGGGACCGCGUUCUGGCUGAUGUCAUUGAAAAGGCUGAUAUUCUCAGUGUGGAGCGCAAGUUAACUCCGCUUCUCGCUCUCCUCUUGGUGCAUUGCCGCGCCUGCUGCACACCCCUCCGCCAAGCGGUGGAACGGCAUAAAGUUCGGCUCAAGGCUGAAUUUACAAAGGCGCGUGUGCGGAGGGGUUGUGCCACAGUGGAACAGUUCAAAACCGCCGUGCUGCGAGAGAAGCGCGAGGCCGAUGGCACUGCCCAUUUCGUUUAUCCGCGCUGGGUGCGCGUGAAUAAUAUACGGAGUUCUCUUGAGAAACAGCUGUCGACUACCUUUGCGGAUUACCAGCGUGUGGAUACCCUGGCGGCCCUGGCCCCGGCCGAGGAUGAACGUACCAAGCUGAAGUUGUUGUAUUUGGAUCCGAAUAUUCCGGACCUUGUGGCGGUGCCGUUUGGUGCGGAUUUUACGUCGUCUCCUGCGUACAAGAAUGGGGAGAUUAUUCUACAGGAUAAAGCAUCGUGCUUCCCUGCGUAUCUCUUGUUAGGGGAUCGCGGGUUCAAGGAUGCCUGGCAGGGUGAUCUGGUGGAUGGUUGCGCUGCUCCGGGAAACAAAACUACACACAUGGCCUCGUUACUUGCCAAGCAGCAAAAGCAGAAGAAACCUCGGAAACAGAUCUUCUCUAUGGAUUCGUCUAAAGUGCGUUCUAAAACGCUGCAGAAGAUGGUCUCGCUAGCUGGGGCGGACCCAAUGGUUACUGUGCUGCAGGGCCAGGAUUUCCUGGCGCUGGACCCGAUGGAUUCGCAGUUUGAGGAUGUAUCUGGUCUUCUACUUGAUCCAAGUUGUUCGGGUAGUGGUAUCGUGGGUCGAGACGACGUCCCCCAGCUGACACUACCCCAGCCCAAAGUGGUCAAGUCUUCCAAGCCUAAUGGGAAGAAGAGGAAACGUGGGGCGGAGGACCAUGACGAACCGGAAGAAUCGUCAUCAAAUGUGACAAUGGGACAGCCGAGUGCCGCACCCUCUGAUGAGAAUGAUAUUCCAAGCGGUACAAUUGACAACGAUCGACUCACCAAGCUGUCGAAUCUGCAGGCGCGCAUCGUCGAGCAUGCAUUGAGUUUCCCCAACGCAACUCACGUUACAUACAGCACCUGCUCCAUUCAUCUGAUCGAGAACGAGGCUGUGGUGGCUCGCCUCUUGGCCUCGGAUGUCGCCAAAGAGCGUGGUUGGCGGCUGUUGCGACGGGAUGAGCAACCCGAGGGCCUGCGCAAGUGGAAGCACCGUGGUGUCCGGCGUGACCGAGACAUGGAGACGGGUGUGGAAUCCGAGGAAAGUGAAUCAGUUGCCGCACUCUCCGAGGUUGACCUCGAGGCUUGUCUGCGCUGUUGGUCUGGCGAUGCAGAGGGGUUGGGAGGUUUCUUUGUUGCCGGGUUUGUACGCGACUCGGAGGGUGCUGUUACAGAACCCGCCAAGAUGAAGAUCAAAUCCGAUCAUGACAAUGGCAAUGCCGAAGGCGAUGUCACUGAUGAAAGCAAUGAGGAUGAAGAGUGGGAUGGCUUUUCCGAUUAG